CUGCUGGUGGUGGGGGUGCAGCUGCUGCUGGGGCUCCCCGCCCUUAGCCAAGGUUUCCGAUGCACCCAGCCUUCUGAGUCCUGCUUGAAUGGAGGGAGGUGUGAAACCUACCCCAACGGAACAGCCGUAUGCCUAUGCCCGGGCUCUUUCAUCGGCCAACGGUGCCAGCUGCCCAAUCCGUGCCUCAGUUCCCCCUGCAAGAACGCGGGCACCUGCCACCCCUUUGUCCACGGCAACACCGCCGACUACACCUGCGCCUGCCGCCUGGGCUACACCGACAAGCUGUGCCUUACUCCUCAGGAGAACGCGUGCCUUAGCAACCCCUGCCGCAACGGGGGGACCUGUGACCUCCUCACGCUGACCGAGUACAAGUGCUCUUGCUCCCCGGGCUGGUCAGGCAAGACGUGCCAACAGGCCAACCCCUGUGCCUCCAACCCGUGUGCCAAUGGCGGCCAGUGCGUGCCUUUCGAGUCGAGCUACGUGUGCAAGUGCACAGCGGGCUUCCACGGCGCCACCUGCAAAGAGGACAUCAACGAGUGCAGCCGCAACCCCCUCACCUGCAAGAACGGCGGGACCUGCGUCAACGAGAUCGGCUCCUACCAGUGCCACUGCCGGCCAGCCUACACGGGCCAGAACUGCGAGCACCUCUACGUCCCCUGCAACCCUUCCCGUUGCCAAAACGGAGGCACCUGCCACCAGACCGGAGACACCACGUACGAAUGCGCCUGCCUUCCAGGUUUUGCUGGUCAGAACUGCGAGGAAAACAUUGACGAUUGCCCGGGGAACGGUUGUAAGAACGGAGGCACUUGUGUCGAUGGGGUGAACACCUACAACUGCCAGUGCCUACCUGAAUGGACAGGCCAGUACUGCACGGAGGACGUGGACGAGUGCCAGCUGAUCCCCAACGCCUGCCAGAACGGCGGUACGUGCCACAACACCCACGGGGGCUACAACUGCGUCUGCGUCAACGGCUGGACGGGCGAGGACUGCAGCGAGAACAUCGACGACUGCGCCAGCGCCGCCUGCUUUAUGGGCGCCACCUGCCACGACCGGGUGGCCUCGUUCUACUGCGAGUGCCCGCACGGGCGGACCGGACUGCUGUGCCACCUCAGCGAUGCCUGCAUCAGCAACCCCUGCAAUGAGGGCUCCAACUGCGACACCAACCCGGUCACAGGAAAGGCCAUCUGCACCUGCCCGUCCGGCUACAUGGGGCCCGACUGCACCCAAGAUGUGGACGAGUGCUCGCUGGGCGCCAACCCUUGUGAGCACGCUGGGAAGUGCAUCAACACGGAGGGAUCCUUCCAGUGCCAGUGCCAACAGGGCUACUCGGGACCGCGCUGUGAGAUCGACGUCAACGAGUGCUCUUCUAACCCUUGCCAAAACGAUGCCACCUGCCUGGACCAGAUCGGUGUCUUCCAUUGCAUUUGCAUGCCAGGGUACGAAGGGGUCUACUGCGAAAUCAACACGGACGAAUGUGCCAGCAGCCCCUGCCUCCACAACGGGAAGUGCGUGGACAAGAUCAACGAGUUUUCCUGCGAGUGCCCCGUCGGUUUUAACGGCCACUUGUGCCAGUACGACGUCGACGAAUGUGCCAGCACGCCGUGCAAGAAUGGAGCCAAGUGCGUGGACGGUCCAAACGCCUACACGUGCGAAUGUACAGAAGGCUUUUCCGGCCCGCACUGCGAGACCGACAUUGACGAAUGCGACCCGGAUCCCUGCCACUAUGGCACCUGCCAGGAUGGCAUCGCCAGCUUCGUGUGUCUCUGCCAGCCGGGCUACACCGGCCACCGGUGCGACAUCAACAUCAACGAGUGCCAAAGCCUGCCUUGCAAGAAUGGCGGGACCUGCCAAGACCGAAACAACGCCUACAGCUGCCUCUGCCUCAAAGGGACCACGGGACCCAACUGCGAAAUCAACCUGGACGACUGCGCCAACAGCCCUUGCGAUUACGGCAAAUGUAUCGACAAAAUCAACGGCUACGAGUGCGCCUGUGAGCCGGGAUACGCAGGGAAGAUGUGCAACGUCAACGUGGACGAGUGCGCCAGCAACCCUUGCCACAACGGAGGCACCUGCCAGGACGGCGUCAACGGCUUCACGUGCCUCUGCCCCGAGGGCUACCACGACGCCAUGUGCCUUUCGGAAGUGAACGAGUGCAACAGCAACCCUUGUAUCCACGGGCGGUGCAAUGAUGGGCUGAACGGUUAUAAAUGCGACUGUGACCCAGGCUGGAGUGGGAGCCACUGCGACAUCAACAACAACGAGUGCGAAUCCAACCCUUGUACCAAUGGCGGCACCUGCAAAGACAUGACGAGCGGCUACAUCUGUACCUGCCGGGAAGGAUUCAGCGGGCCCACCUGCCGGGAGGUGCUGGCGCCUUGCGCGGACGGUCCCUGCAAGAAUGGCGGUGAAUGCGUCGAGUCGGAGGACUACAAGAGUUUCAUGUGCAUCUGCCCUUCCGGGUGGCAAGGUCAGACGUGCGAGAUUGACAUCAACGAGUGUGUGAAGAGCCCCUGCCGGAACGGCGCCACCUGUCAGAACACAGACGGGGGCUACGGGUGCCUCUGCAGGCCCGGAUUCACGGGCCACAGCUGCGAGACCGACAUCGACAACUGCCAGCCCAAUCCCUGCCACAACGGCGGCUCCUGCACGGACGGCGUCAACCGCUUCUUCUGCGACUGCCUGGCGGGGUUCCAGGGCUCCCGGUGCGAGGAGGACGUGGACGAGUGCGCCAGCAGCCCCUGCCAGAACGGGGCCAACUGCACCGACUGCGUCAACAGCUACACCUGCACGUGCCCCUCCGGCUUCAGCGGGAUCCACUGCGAACACAACACCCCGGACUGCACCGAAAGCUCCUGCUUCAAUGGGGGGACCUGCGUGGACGGCAUCAACACCUUUACCUGCCUGUGCCCGCCCGGCUUCACCGGCAUCUACUGCGAGCACGACAUCAACGAGUGCGACUCCAAGCCCUGCUUGAACGGUGGCACCUGCCAGGACAGCUACGGGACGUACAAGUGCACCUGCCCGCAGGGCUACACCGGACUCUACUGCCAGAACCUGGUGCGCUGGUGUGACUCCUCGCCCUGCAAGAACGGCGGGAAGUGCUGGCAGACCAACAACCUGUACCGCUGCGAAUGCGCCAGCGGCUGGACGGGGGUCUACUGCGACGUGCCCAACGUCUCCUGCGAGGUGGCCGCUCGGCAGCAAGGUGUGGAGGUCACCCACCUGUGUCGCAGUUCGGGCGUUUGCAUAGACCGGGGCAACACCCACUUCUGCCACUGCCAGCCGGGCUACACGGGCAGCUACUGCGAGGAACAGGUGGACGAGUGCGCCCCCAACCCUUGCCAGAACGGGGCCACGUGCACGGACUAUCUCGGAGGCUAUUCAUGCGAGUGUGUUGCGGGCUUCCAUGGAGCAAACUGCUCUGAAGCGAUCAACGAGUGUCUCUCGCACCCAUGUCAGAACGGGGGCACUUGCAUCGAUCUCGUCAAUGCCUACAAAUGCUCUUGCCCCCCGGGAACCCAAGGGGUGCACUGCGAGAUCAACGUGGACGACUGCAGCCCUUCCUUGGAGGGUCCGAAUGUGGCCCCCAAGUGCUUCAACGGCGGGAAGUGCCUCGACCGCGUGGGGGGCUACAGCUGCCUCUGCCUGCCGGGCUUUGUCGGGGAGCGCUGCGAGGGGGACGUCAACGAGUGCCUCUCCAACCCUUGCGACCCGCGCGGGACCCAGAACUGCGUCCAGCGCAUCAACGAUUACAAGUGCGAGUGUCGGCUGGGCUAUUCAGGGCGGCACUGCGAGACGGUGGUGGACGGCUGUCGGAACAAGCCCUGCAGGAACGGCGGGAGCUGCGCGGUGGCCAGCAACACCCAGCACGGCUACAUCUGCCGAUGCCCGCCGGGUCUGGACGGGGCCACCUGUGAGAAUGACCUGCGCAGUUGCGGGAACCUGCGCUGCCUGAACGGGGGCACCUGUGCCUCGGGCCCAAAGGGUACCAAAUGCCUGUGCGCCCCGGGCUUCACGGGCCCCGAGUGCCAAUUCCCCUCCAACAGCCCCUGCCACUCGGGCCCCUGCUACAACGGGGGCACCUGCCAGUUCGCCAAGGAGGCCCCCCACUACCGCUGCCACUGCCCCGUCAACUUCAACGGGCUCAACUGCCACAUCCUGGACUACGACUUCCGGGGGGGCGUCGGGCAGGACAUCACGCCGCCCCCUUUUGAGGAGGAGUGCGAGAUCCCCGGCUGCCCCAGCCAGGCGGGCAACAAGAUCUGCGACGCCAAGUGCAACAACCACGCCUGCAACUGGGACGGGGGCGACUGCUCGCUCAACUUCAACGACCCUUGGAAGAACUGCUCCCAGUCCCUCCAGUGCUGGAAGUACUUCAACGACGGCAAGUGCGACCCCCAGUGCAACAACACCGGGUGCCUGUACGAUGGCUUCGACUGCCAGAAGGUGGAGGGGCAGUGCAAUCCUCUGUACGACCAGUACUGUAAGGACCACUUCUCCGACGGCCACUGCGACCAGGGCUGCAACAACGCCGAGUGCGAGUGGGACGGGCUGGACUGCGCCAACCACGUGCCCGAGAAGCUGGCCGACGGGACCCUGGUGGUGGUCGUCUUGACCGCCCCGGAGAUCCUGAGGAACAACUCGUUGAACUUCCUGCGGGAGCUCAGCCGCGUCCUCCACACCAACGUGGUCUUCAAGAAGGACGACAGCGGCGCGUACAUGAUCUUCCCGUACUACGGGAACCCGGAGGAGCUGAAGAAGCACCACAUCAAGCGGUCGGCCGAGAGCUGGCCCGACGUGACGGGGGCCGUCCUGAGAGUCAAGGCGUCUCUCUACUCGAGGGUCAGCGGGAGGCAGAAGAGAGAGCUGGAGGAGAUCGCCCCUUGCGGGUCCGUGGUUCACCUGGAAAUCGACAACCGCCAAUGCAUCCAGUCCUCCUCCCAGUGUUUCCAGAGCGCCAACGACGUCGCCGCGUUCCUGAGCGCCCUGGCCUCCCUCGGGAACCUGGACAUUCCCUACAAAAUCGAAGCAGUCAAGAGCGAAACGACGGUACCCCCACCGAAGAACCAGUGGUAUCCUAUGUACGUGGUGGUGCUGGUUCUCUUCGUCCUGGUCAUCGCCGGCGUCGGAGUCUUGGCCUCACGCAAGCGGCGGAGGGAACAUGGCCAACUCUGGUUCCCGGAGGGCUUCAAAGUGACCGAAUCUAGCAAGAAGAAGCGCCGAGAGCCGCUGGGAGAGGAUUCGGUGAGGCUGAAGCCUUUGAAAAACGCUUCGAACGGCACCCUGAUGGACGACAAUCAGAACGAAUGGGGUGACGAGGAGACCCUGGACCCCAAGAAAUUCAGGGGGGAGGAGCAGGCCAUGCUUCCCGACAUGGACGAGCAGACGGACCACCGGCAAUGGACGCAGCAGCACCUGGACGCGGCCGACCUGCGCCUUUCCUCCAUGGCGCCCACUCCGCCACAAGGCGAGAUCGAUGCCGACUGCAUGGACGUCAACGUGCGAGGGCCAGAUGGCUUCACUCCCCUGAUGAUCGCUUCGUGCAGCGGAGGGGGCCUGGAGACGAGCAACAGCGAGGAGGAGGAAGACGCCCCCGCCGUCAUCUCCGAUUUCAUCUACCAAGGGGCCAGCCUGCACAACCAGACCGACCGCACGGGGGAGACGGCGCUCCACCUGGCGGCCCGCUACUCCCGCUCGGACGCCGCCAAGCGGCUGCUGGAAGCCAGCGCCGACGCCAACAUCCAGGACCACAUGGGGAAGACUCCGCUCCACGCCGCCGUCUCCGCGGAUGCUCAGGGCGUCUUCCAGAUCCUGAUCAGGAACCGGGCCACCGACCUGGACGCCCGGAUGCACGACGGGACCACCCCCCUGAUCCUGGCGGCUCGUUUGGCGGUGGAAGGCAUGCUGGAAGACCUCAUCAGUUGCCACGCGGAUGUGAACGCCGUCGACGACUCAGGAAAAUCUGCCCUGCACUGGGCGGCCGCCGUGAAUAACGUGGACGCUGCCCGAGUGUUGCUGAAAAACGGAGCCAACAAGGACAUGCAAAACAACAAGGAAGAGACGCCCUUGUUCCUGGCCGCCCGGGAAGGGAGCUACGAGACGGCCAAGGUGCUCCUGGACAACUUCGCCAACCGGGACAUCACGGACCACCUGGACCGGCUGCCGCGCGACAUCGCCCAGGAGCGCAUGCACCACGACAUCGUCCGGCUGCUGGACGAGUACAACUUGGUGCGCAGCCCGCCCUUGCACGGGGGCCCGCUGGGGGCGGCCACCCUCUCCCCGCCGCUCUGCUCGCCCGGCGGCUACCUCGGUCACCUCAAACCGGCCGGGCCGAGCAAGAAGGCCCGCAAGCCGAGCACCAAGGGCCUGUCCUGCCCCGGGAAGGAGACCAAGGAAGCCAAGGCGCGCCGGAAGAAGUCGUCGGAGGGCAAAGGCGGCUGCUUGCUGGACGGGGCCGGCGCCCUCUCCCCGGGGGACUCCCUGGAGUCACCCCACGGCUACCUGUCGGACGUGGCCCCCCCGCCGCUGAUGGCCUCCCCCUUCCAGCCCUCGCCCUCCCUGCCCCUCAACCACCUGCCUGGCAUGCCAGACGCCCACCUGGGCCUC